CUAUUUAAAAUGAACGUCACGAUUGGAGUUAGUGUCGUAACUGCAACUUUUCCCAUGCUUUACAAUCAAUCGUUGGCUGUAACGGGACAGUUUUUGAGCCUGCUUGUAUCAGUCUGUGCACGAAUGUACAUUGUUUCCCGGUCGGCAGACGAUUUGAAAGAAAGUAGUCUACGGUUCUCAAUAUCGAUUAACAAUAUUCAAUGGAUAGGAAAGUCACGAAAAAUGACAAACAUCGUAUUGAUUAUGAUGCAGAGGAGUCAGAAACCAUUUGAGGUUUCAACGGGUGGUUUCUUUCCAGCCCUUUCAUUGGAGUAUUACUCGCAGUUUUUGACUACCAUAUCUUCCUAUUUUAUGACGAUGAGAACCACUAUAAAACCUUAAUUCUCCACGACGUUACCACGACAGAUACAAAUACCUCCAGGGCGUUUACGUGUUGUGGUGCUUUCUCGCCAUGGCGUUCCUCAUAAGUAGUCUAUAAUAACCACAGCAAAAGUUUCCGACGCACGCGAUAUGUCCAUUCCUGGUGAAACAUCAGCCAUUGAAGUGCUCCAUAUUUUACCAUCAAUUGUCGAAUGGCUUUCAGGUGACAUCCGGUAUGACCAGCGAUAUUCAGGAGUCUCUUCUUUUGCGGUUCCCCGUUUGCCAGAUUUAGGCUUCACGUGAUGGAGAUGCCUUACAGUUUGCCUAGAUCAGAGUGCAAAGACAAUUUUCUACGAAAUAUCAUUUCUC